AUCCGCAUGCGUACUGGUUCGAAGGCGGGGUCUGCACAUUGACAUCCGGGAGUCUGGUUGCCUGUGGCUGUUUUGUUUUCUUGCAGUACUGGAGUAAAGUGCGGCCACCGAACGCACGGCGACUCCCGGCUCCAGACUUGGACUGACCUGAAAAGAUGUCUGGGUUUCUAGAAGGUGCCAGGUGUUCGGAAUGCAUGGACUGGGGAGAGAAGCGGAACACCAUUGCCUCAGUUGCUGCUGGCAUUCUAUUUUUCACAGGAUGGUGGAUCAUCAUAGAUGCUGCUGUUAUAUAUCCCAAGAUGGAUGACUUCAACCACUCAUACCAUGCUUGUGGCGUCAUAGCAACCAUAGCCUUCCUCAUGAUUAACGCAGUAUCGAAUGGACAAGUGAGAGGUGACAGCUACAGCGAAGGCUGUCUGGGCCAGACAGGUAACUGGGCACCGGCAUCUUUCUGCAAAUCUUUCUUCCUUGAAAUGGUGCUUGUCGGGCUGCUUGGGUCCUGGCCUAGGAUGGGGUGGUGCUGGAUGCCAAGGCAUAGGUCACAGCAGACUGAGUGCAAAACAUACCAGAUUAAAGGCCUGUGCCACCACUGCCUGGCUCUGUUCAGCGAUUGUAAACCUCUAAAUAUCACAAUUGUUUUUACAGAAAAGUCCACAGUAUAUCCUGGGAUUGCUGUAUUUUUCCAGAAUGCCUUCAUUUUUUUUGGAGGGCUGGUUUUUAAGUUCGGCCGCACGGAGGACUUGUGGCAGUGAAGACCCCUGCCUCGCAGCACGGCCACCCUGCCUGGGAUUGUUUUUUCUUCACCGCUCACCCAGUCUUUUGUAACGCUGUUUUCUAAACUUAUUUCUGAGUACAAUCUCAGCUUAAAAUUGUAUAAUGCUAGAAUCAUGAGAGCUCCUAUGUACUCUGCAACAGUCUGAUGUGCCGUGACCCGGUCCGCUUUUGCAAUGGGAAAGGAAACUAUUGACGUGAGUAACUUUGUCAGCUUCUAUCAUGGUCUAAAGAACCGAUUAUGGAGAAGUAGUGGUAGAGUUCUUGGGGUGAGGAUUCGCUCUGGGAUCCAAAGUGUCUGUUUACUGAGCGCACCCUCUUCUGUGUCCGAUGUGGAGUAACGUAUAAACGUUUCUUGUUAUUAAAAACUAUUCAGUGGUCA